AUGAAUUCAGACUGUGAUAUAUCCAGUGAGCUGUUUGUUCCCAAGAACUGGAGAGCAUCUGUAUUUCCUACAAAAGUUACAACAAAAAUUACCAAUCUGGGAAGCUCACAUGGGGAACUUUCCACCGUACAAGGAGACAUCUUGCAGCCAGUCCAAAACCCUAACCUUCCUUAUCUGGCCCCAAUUUCAGGAGGACUGAGAGAAGGCAUGGCCUUGUACUUGAAGGGAGUUGUUCCCACUAAUGCUGACCGAUUUGAAGUAAAUUUCAAGACUGGGCAGUCCGACAAUGAUGACUUUGCUUUCCACUUCAACCCUCGAAUGGACCGGAAGGUGGUCAUGAACAGUGUGAUAAAUGGAAAUUUGGGAACUGAAGAAAGUGUCUCUGACAACCCCUUUAAAAAGGGACAACCUUUUGAGAUGUUCACUGUCAUCAAAUCUGAAGGAUAUAAGGUUUAUGCGAAUGGUAAAGAGCUGUACACAUUCAAGCAUCGUAUACCGCUGGAAAAAGUGUCAACGUUAAAUAUCAGUGGAGAUGUUGCUGUGACCCUUUCUGGUUUCAUACAAAACUGGAGAGCAUCUCUAUUUCCUACAAAGGUUACAACAAAAAUCACCAAUCUAGGAAGCUCACAUGGGGAACUUUCCACCGUACAAGCAGAGAUAUUGCAGCCAGUCCAAAACCCUAACCUUCCUUAUGUGGCCCCAGUUUCAGGAGGACUGAGAGAAGGCAUGGCCUUGUACUUGAAGGGAGUUGUUCCCACUAAUGCUGACUGA